GCGGACGAGGAAGUGCGUGCGGCGGCAACGGACUGUGGAUUAGCGUGCUGUAAAUGUUUAUGUUCAGGACAUCAGGUCGGAAGAGAAACUUCUGAGUCUUGCUUUUAUGAUGCUGAAGUGUUUGUUGGCAUCCUGGAACUGUUGUUAGAACUAAAGAAGAUCGUAGAGUUUAGCUUUUGAUGAUCUGCGGGAGAAAUUAAUUCCAGAGCUGGAGAGGACUUGACGUAGGCUGUUGGCGGACCUUUUGAAAUGGGUAGAAUCAGUGUAUUAACGGCGGUAGAAUGAAGAGAUGAAGUCUGUGAAGAAGACUGAUGAGGCGCAGUUAAACGGGCGAUCCUGAGCGUGGAGGAGAGAGUGGUUAUCCGCAGCGUGGUCUGUAUGAGCGCUCAGAAAGAGCAUCCGUGUUUGGAUCUGUGAGAUCCGAUCUUACGCGAGAUGUGACUAUUGGUGUCACGGGGAAAGUUCGUCGUCUGAAGGGGGAUGGUGGAAUUUCCGUGGUGUCGGACAUCGUUCAGUACGGCACUACCGGAUGCUGAAACAGCUGAGACUGAAGAGAGAUGUCACAUUACAACACCUGCAAAAAACGCAAUGUAGAAAAUGUAGAGGAUGAAUGUGAAGUGAAUACAAUGAAGCCAAUAAAGCAAGAAAUACUGAUGUGGCAGAACAAGGCGGAAUUAUUACAAAAUAAAGUGAAUGAGUUGGAAGCCUUGAACAGCGAGCUUCGGCAGCAAGUUGUGGAGCUUUCAGCACAGCAAAAUCUGAUUCCUAGUACUUCAGUGGCACAUGGAGAAAGUGGUGCUGAUGACCUAACUAGUGAUGGGAACACAUCAACUGAUGUAGAGUCAUCGGUCACAGAAGAAUCAUGUGAUGAUUCCUCUUCAAGUUCAAGUUCUGAAGAGACUCAAAGAAAAACAAAGAAAAGGAAAAACAAGAAAAACAAAAGCAAGAAACAUAAGAAAAACAAGAAGAAGGGCAAAAAUGAAUAUGACAAGAUAAAACGAGGUAAACACAGUUGACUUUUUAUGGUUUUUCUGUUUAAAUCAUAGUGAAUGAUAAGCUACUUAUUUAUUUAUUUAUUUAUUUAUUUAUUUGCAAUGCAAAUACUUUCUUAUAAAUACUUAUCCACAUUUUGUAUAGCACAGG